GAGGGGUGUGCGGCCUCGAGUGCAAGCAGACAUAGGGCCCUUUUUUGGCCGCACCAGGCCUGUUACCGACCACCAAGGCACCAUGAGGAGACUGGCCGAGGAAAUUUUUCAGUGGCUAUUUAGCAUAGCAUGUCUUCUCUACAUCUUGCGGACUGUUCGGCAAGUCCUGCUGCCUCGCGAGGGCUUUUGGAGGGCGCCACUGGUGAUGUUUCUCAGUGGCGCGGCCUUCGCGGUGCUGUGGAUCGUCAUAGCAGUGGUGUGUUCCUUCCUUUUCCUCACACGCCGUGUGCGCCGCGGGCCCGACGGCGAGGAGCUGCAGGAGCCUGGCGGCGCGCGGCGCGGGCGCCCUGGCCGCCUGGCGCGCGGGCGACCCUUCCUGAUCCGCGGCCGCCGCGGCAAGGGCGCGGUGGACAGCGACGGCGGCUACCAGCAAUUGGUGUCGACCCACCCCGCGGCGGUGCAGAAGGGCACUUUCUCGGGCCCGGUGUGGAUGGUGCCGGCCACGCUGUGGGACGCCGCCGCCACACUGCGGGAGUGGCCCCCGCCCACACAGGGCCCUGCCGCCAUCGGCCGCAAGUUUGCCGCCACACUCAUCCCGGCCGGACCCAACAGCCCGGGGGGCGGCGGCAGCGGCAGCGCGCCAGCCCUGGUGCUCCUGCCUCUGGAGCGCGCGUACACGGGCCGGGGCGGCCAGGGCGGCGCCACCGACGGCGGCCACGGCUACCUGCUGGUGGACCUGGAGGGAGUCACCAUCGACCUGCUGAGGGAGCAGCACCCCAGGAUGUCGCCCUGGGGCAAGCGGGUGCCCAUCCAGCUGAGCCACCCCACCCGCGUGCUGGGACACGGCGAGACCACCCUGUACCUGUUCGCCGAGUCGGGCAGCUCCAAGGAGCAGUGGUACGCCGCGCUGCGUGCCGCCGCCGACCCCUCCAGCCUGCUGGCCGCCACACAGGCGCUGUACGCAGAGUACUGCAACCACAUGGCGGCACUGGGGAUUGUGGCACCUCCACCGCAGCCCCCGCCGCCGCCGGCCCCGCCGCGUGUGCCCCUCAUCCACCACCUACUGCACCGCCCCCACCUGCCCGACCUCCAACACUCACACGGGUCGGGCGCCGCAGCCCUCUCCAGCCAGGCCUCCAGUGAGCCAGCCGGCGGCAGGGGGAGCCGCGGUGGCAGGAGCGGCCCUGCCUCCGCAGCCGCCACGCCGCCGCCCUCCGCGCGCAGCACUUCCAAAGACCUGCGUAAAGCGGCGGUGCAGCAGCAGGGGCAGCAGGCGCUGCAGGCGCAGCAGGGGCAGGGGCAGGGUGCAGACAAGGCUGCAGAGCCGCCGCGGCCGCGCGGGCGCAACCCGUUCGGCUUCAUCCUGUCGCGCUUCGGCCGCCGGAACAACAGCGACAAGCAGAAGCAGGCGGGCAGCGAGGCGGCGUCCCGUGAGGUGUCCGUGUCUGGCGCACAGGCCGGCGGCCUGAGCCCCGCGGCGUCGCCGCUCGGCGGCUCAGCUGCCGACCUGCCGGCCCUUGGCGCCGCCGCAACGCCGCCCAGCACGGGCGGUAGCCGCCGGCAGCUGCGGCUCAGCGUAGCCGCAGAUGGCAGCAGCACUAGCAGCGCGGCAGGAGGCGGCGGACCGGAGCAUAGCGCUGUAUCAGACAUCUUCAGGGUGAGUGUGCCGUUCACGCCAGGCACGCCCGCCGGACCGGCGGCGGCGGCCCUGGUGGCGGCGCUGGCGCGCCGGCACAGUCGCCGCAGCGCUGGCGGCGGCACUGACGGCGCCAUUGAUGAGGCAGGCGAGGAGGGGGCAGAGCCGGAGGGCGGGAGCGUGGGUGGGGGCAGCGGCGGCGCGGGGGGCGCCUCUGACCCAGACAACGACGACCUCGACACUGCCGCCGUCGUGCAGGCCGCGGCGGCCGCCGCCGCUGCCAUCGCAGCGGCGGGGUCCAGCGCGGCCCCACCGGCGGCGGCGGACGUGAAGGCGGCGGCGGCCGCCGCCGCGGCCGGGCCGCCGCUGCCGCUGCUGCCGUCCCUGGCCGAGGACGCGGAGCUCCCGGAGCUGGACGCGGCGGCGGCUGACGCGGCGGCGGCGGCGGCGGCUGAGGUGGCGGCGGAGGGCGCCGGUCAGCACGGCCACAAGCACCGGGCUGCCGGCAGCCCGGCGGCUGCCGCCGGCCUGCCGUCGCACGGCAGCGUCAGCACCUCGGGUGUGGCCCAGGACGCGAUGCCGUCGGCCUUCGCGCCCGCCGCUGGCCUGGGUGAUGAGGGCAGUGCGGGCGCAGCGGUGCGUCCGGAAGGCGCAGCGGAGGGGCCGGAGCGGGGAGAGCGGCCGCCGCUGGGCCCGGGGCCGGGGCACGGCAGCGCCAGUGGCGGCAGCGUCGAGGCUGCGAGCUUCACGACUUGGUCUGGAUUUGACGCCCACACGCCGCCAGCAAAAGCGAGUGCGGUGACGGAGACAAAGCCAGCGACACCGGCAAGCAGCACGCCUGCGGCGGCAGCGGCCGCUGCCGCGGAUGCGGCGGGCGCUGCUGUGGGAGCUGCCGCGGAUGCGGCGGCGGCCGCGGUGGCGGCUGUGGCUGCGGCGGCGGAGGCGGACACAGUGCGGACGGCACACGAGCGCGACGGCGGCGGCGGCGACGGCGGGCACUCACCGCUGCUCGGUGCCAUUGGGUCGCCCGCAUAUACACCCGCCAUCAUCGACGGCGACAGCGGGCCCCUGCUGCGGCCGCUGCUGCCGCUACCUGUGCUGCCGGCGUCACCGACGCCGCUCGCGGCUUCGGGGCUGGCGGCGGCGCCGCCGCCUUCGCUCCUGGCGCAACAGUCUCUGCGCCACGGCGGCAGCAUGCCUAACCUAGUUGCCGCCGCCGCCGCGGCAGGGGCUGCGGCUGCGGCUGGGGCUGUGGUUGGAGCAGCAGCCGACGCCAUUGCUGGCACUGGCACGUGGGACACAGCAGCAGAAGCAGCGGCGGGAUCUGAGGCUGCCGCGGCAGCUGCUGCAGGCGACAGCUCUGCCAUGUCAUCCAUGCGCCGUAGCCUGGAUCAACACCUCAGCGCCAGCCGGCGCCACCACCACGCCCACUCCGCCAGCGCCGCCAGCGCCUCUGCCAGCGGCGGCGCGGCGCAGGCGCGACACGCUCAGUCGGUUUCGUCGCUUGAGGGUGCAGCCGCGGCUGCGGGCGGCAUUGGUGGUGGCGGCGGCCACCCUACGCCCAUAGAGCCGAGGGAUAGCGGCGGUAUGCCGCGUAACCUCAGCAAGCAAGACCUGAAGCGGCUGCAGAAGGAGGAGCAGGACAGAGCCAAGCAGGAGAAGGAGAGGGUGAGGGCAGCUACCCGGGCGGCGGAGGAGGCACGCAAGGCAGCUGAGCGGGCGGCGGAGGAGGCACGCAGGGCCGCGGAGCGCGCGGCACGAGAGCGGGCCAAGGCGGAGGCGCAGCAGCGCCGACUUGAGGAGGAGGCCAGGGCGCGGCAGGCUAAGGAGCGGGCUCGCUCCUUGCAAGCCGCCCGCUCCCUGCAAGACCUGGCAGCAGCGGCAGCUGCCGCGGCUGCGGACGGCUCAGCACCCGCCAGCCCUGUCGUGCCGCCACCCGCGUCCCCCCUGCGCCAUGCCGCCACCCAGCCGCCGCCAUCCGAAGGCAGCAGCAGCCACCACCCCCAGCACCACAGGCACCAGAGCGCUAGCGUAUCGGAAGCGGGCGCGGCAGGCGAGCCCCAAGCGGUGGAGGGCAGUGCGGGCUACGCCGCCGCUGCCAAGGCCGCUGCUGCGGCUGCCGAGCCCGCACCACCACCGCCACCGAUCAUUCCGAGUGUGGCAGCACCCACCGCGCCGGCACCAGGCGCGCUGGUGGCUGGGCUUCACGGCCUCAACGCGGUGCUGGUGCGCAUCGGCUUCGAGCUGCUGCGGCGGCGCGGCUUUGCGGGCAUGUUACAGCGACUCAUUCAGUCCAAGCUGGACGCGGCCCGGCUGCCGGGCUUCCUGCACCGCCUGGUGCUGGAGGGCUUCGACCUGGGGUGCAGCGCGCCGCAGCUGAGGGACAUGCGGGCCGUGUCGGGCCCCUUCAACUGCGCACCCGAGGGCGCCACAUGGCCCCAGCUGGCGCUGCACGUGGUGUGGGUGGGCGCCGCCACUGCCAAGGUGACCACCAAGAUAGACUUCGACCAGCACGGCGUGCCGCAGGAGAGACCCGGCGGGCCAGAGCGCGAGCCGGAUCCCAGGCAGGGCGGCGAGCAGCAGCAGCAGUCGCAGCAGCAGCCACAGCAGCAGCAGUCGCAGCAGCAGUCGCAGCAGCAGUCGCAGCAGCAGUCGCAGCAGCAGCAGCAGCAGCAGCAGCAGCAGCAGGACAAAGCGGCGUCGCAGGCAGGGCAGCCGGCAGGCGCCGAUGCCAGCAGCGGCAGCAGCCGCGGCGCCGAGGCAGCUGCGAAGUCGGGUGGGGCUGGGCAGCACAGCGGCCCUGGGGUGGCAGCCGCAGCACCGGCACAGGGAGCGGGGGCUGUCCCCGCCACGGGCGCAGCAGUUGAGGGCGAGGCGCAGCGCUCCACGACCCACGUGGCGGCGGCGCCGCAGCCGGCAGACGCCACAGGGUCAGACGCUCCGGCCGCUGGUGCGGAGGAUGCAGCGGCAGCUGCCGUAAGCGGCGGCGGCGCCGGUGCCGCGGCUGCCGGGAAGCAGGAGGACGGCAAGGGCAGCGUUGAGACCUCCAAAGGCGCAUCCGGCAGUGACGGUAACAAGGCCGACAAGGCGCAGGGUGAAAAAGACAAGGAGAAGGCCGACCGGGAGAAGGAGAAGGAGGGCGGCGGGCGGACGUGGUGGAACUUCGUGCCGUUCUUCUCGCUGCUGCGCAAGACGGGGCAGGCGCUGGCGUCGAACAUCGCCGGCUCGCUGUCUGGCACACCCGUGGAGGUGCGGCUGGAGGUGACGCACUUUGAGGCCACGCUGCUGCUGUGGCUGGCGCCGCCUCCCAGCGACAGGCUGUGGCUGAGCUUCGCGGAGCCGCCCAAGAUGGAGUUCAGCGUGACGCCGGUGGUGGGCAACAGGCGGUUGGCGGGGCUGGUGACGGGCCGGCUGAGCGCCUGGGUGCGAACCAAGGUGACCAACGGCCUGUCUCGCGCCAUGGUGUACCCGGCCUGUGUGGACGUGCGCAUGGGCAAGCUGCUGCUCUCCAUCGACAGCCCCGACUCAUCCAUGAGGCCAUUCGUGGUCACGCCGCCGGCCGGCACGGCGCCCGCCACGCCGCUGCCCUCCAUGCCCAUACCCACCGUCCCCAUGCCCUCGCUUGCGGCCGGCGCGGCGGCGGCGCCAGGAGGCAAGGGGGUUGUGCUGGGUAGCGCUGUGUCGAUGCCGGUGGCUGGCACGACGACCCGGGGCGUGACGGCAAGUGGCAGUGGACACGCUGCGCAAGGGCAGGGGCAGCAGCCGGCGGGUGCGGGUGCGGCGGCUGGCACGGCGCCACCCUGGCACCAGCGCACCGUGUCUGCGGGCGCUCUCACACCAGGCGGCGUCGCCAUCAGGUCGCCGCUGCCGCCGCGCAUCACGCCGCCCUCCGCCUCGGUCACGCCGCGGACAGCCGAGCCAUCGCCCCUGGCCGCCGUCGCCGCCUCUGUUGGCCGCGGCGGCCCGCCGUCAGGCCGCCCGCCGCGGCCUCCGCUUCCCUCCGCUUGCAGCACCCCUGCUGGCGGCGCCGCUGCCACGCCGGGGUACAUUGCUGCUGGCACCGCCGGCGCCACCUCCGCCCACAGCCGCUCCGUCAGCGCCUUCCCGCCGGCAGCGGCCAGCGGCGGCACCGGCACCCCGCCGCCGCUGCUGGCGCCGCCGCCGCCGCCACCCUCGCUAACGGCGGCGGCGCUGGCGGCUUCGGGUGCGAUGCACGUGUUCCGCCGCACCUCGUCCAUCCUGGGCAGCAGCGCGGGCGCCCUCACGCCCCUGGACGGCAUGUCACAUGCGAGCGAUGAGGAGGAGCACGAGCAGGGGGACGACGAGGCAGAGGAGGAGGGCGAGGAGGGCGAGACUGGGGAGGGCGAGGACGCGAGCAGCGAGCAGGACGGGGCGACGGGCGGCGAGGAGGAGGAGGAAGGAGAUGGGGAGGAGGAGGCCGGUGGCCUGCACCACCGCCCGCCCAUCCACCACCACCACCACCACCACCACCACGGCCACCCGCAUCUUGGCCACAUUGGCUGGUCGGUGGCUGGCAGCAGUGAGCCGGGCGAGGCAGGUCGCGGCGAGCUGGGGCUGUUGGGGGCGGGCGGUGGCAGUGCGCUGCUGCUGCAGGGGGCCGCCGCCUCGCGGGCGGGCUCGGUGGGCGGUGGCCUGUCAGCCCUUGGCGAGGGUGCGGGCGCCAGCGGUGAUGAGUGGUUUGCAGGGGUGGCGGAGCCGACGGAUGCCGAGGCCGCGGCGGCAGCGGCGGCGUACUGGCAGCAAGUGAUGGCGGAGGGAGGCGAUGGGGUACUGGGGGCGGGGCCGGGGGGCGUUGCGGUGCAUGCGGGUUCGGGUGGCGCGGUGGGCGCCGGUGCGAGUGCGGCUGCGCCUCGCCGAGGGGGCGGCGGGCCGUUUGGCUGGGUGCGCGGCGCGGCGCGGGGCGCGGCGUGGCUGGCGGGCGGCGUUGGCGGCGCCGGCAUCCGCGGCUUGGGGGCGGUGGGGUCCGUGGUUGGGUCUGCGGUGCUGGGGCCGGUGGUGCAUGCGGGUGAGCGGGCGGCGGUGGCGCAGCAGCAACAGCAGCAGCACGCCGCGGUGCGGACGCCCACGCCACCCGGCACGCCACUGCCUGAGGAUGACGUUGGCACUGCAGGCACCGGUGACGUGCCGAGGUAUUAAGGGGAAGCGUGCAAUGGAGGAGGCGGAGGCCAUACAUCCGUUGAUUGCUGAGAGUACUGCAUUGAUGAGGAAGGCCGGUUUGCCCAUGCAGAACGGUCUGGGCCUG